CUGUAGAUGCCGCGAAAACAGAAUACUUAAGGUCACCGAAUUACCCAGCUCAGUACCAAAACAACCUUGAUGUAAUAUGGCAAGUGAUCGCUCCGGACAAUCAUCGAGUUUCGUUGCAUUUUGUUGAUUUGCAGAUUGAGCCAUCAAGAGACUUCCUAUACCUAUUCCAGGGAAAUUUGUCUGAAUUUGAGAUGUCUGAGCUAGUAAUGCCUAAUAUUUCUGGAUCAGAUCUACCAGAAAACAUCACAUCUGUUGGAAAGUUUCUUUGGAUUCGAUUUACCAGUGAUGAGGCAUCGCAGGAAACUUAUAGAGGAUUUGACGUCUCAAUGAUUGCCAAACCAAUAUCAGUAGAGACCUUGACAUCUGAUCAUAAUGUCCUGAUAAUAACAUCAGUCUCAGUGACAGUUCUUGCUCUUCUGAGCUUCAGCGUUUUCGGAUAUAUCACCUGGAAGAAAAGAACUAAGGAAGAGCAAGACGAUGGACAACAAGAGGGGCAUUACAUGGACCUAACACCAUCCGUUACGUCAUCACCAACCUACGAAGCAUUAGGAGCUGUUCGGCUGUCAAAGAUAAAGGAGAGCCCGACGUAUGAGAACAAAUCAGUAGUGAGACAUCAUCAAAAUAUUCACGGAAUAACUGCAGAAGAUGAGCAUCCAUAUGAGCUUCCCAACUGAUCAUAUAUUUGACCAAACUCUCCAUACGAUAUAGUACUGCUAUUCGGUAUACUAAAUAAUAGAAAGUGCUCCCGUAGAUCUUCGAAAUUAAGAAGACCGAUCAUUUGAUAUAAAUCGUGUUUUCUGAAAAAUUAAUGAACUUUUGCGAAUUUAUAUAAAUUUAAGAUUUAUAUUUACAUGAUUAAAUAGAUAAUUAAUUUGUUCGUAGUAAUGCCAGACAAGAAAUUCGUCGAAGGGGUGUUUGAUUACAAUUUAAAUGUAGAGGUUAAAUAUAUAAAUUUAUACUCAGUGGAUACAAAUAUAAGGGUCACUGCUUAAAAUUUUGAUAUUCUAAUUAUAGAUUGCGCGUGUUUUUUGCACAUCUCACCUCACAUCCAGUGUUGUGUCCGAGUCCGGCAUAUCCGUAUCCGAGUCUGGCAUGUACGAGUCCGAGUCCGGCACAUGUGCAAAAGUAUUACGUAUCAAUCAGAACAUGGUCGCACUUAGAUUUUAAUAUUUUUUUGCUGGGGGCAGGACGCGUGCACUUUUUCAAAAAAACAGCGAGAGAACGACGUGACCGAACUUGUCAUUUUGGAGCUUUCGUAUUUUAUAAUGUGAAUUAUGAGAAUUUCAGCACACUUUUGGUGAAUUUUUGUGGAAAUUUGAGUAAAAAAAAAACUGCUACGGCCAUGAGUCAGAAACAAGUUUCUCAUUAAAAUUAUCUGUACUUUAAUAUAUCAUAGGCGGAUCCAGACCCCCCCCCCCCCAUUGGCGG